AUGCGGAAAGCUAAGAGAGGUGGUGAUCAUCUCACUAGAAGCUUUCCUAAGAGUAGAAAAGCUUCCAAGAAUGAAUCAUUGGUCUCAGGUCGCUUCCUUGGGGACUGUGAUCAAGGUGUUCGGUCCAGGCUCAGUGAUGGGCUAAUAUCAUAUUUGUCUAGAAGUGUCGCCUCUAUUACUUUGUGCAAUGGAGACACAGUCUUAUUUUCAUGCUCGGGCAUAGCUAUGGAACGCCAGGGGCGCCACCUUACAAGGUUUCUGACUUCUGCAAGUUUGGUUAGAGCUCUCAAUGGUACGAAUAAAGACCAUGAUGACUUGAAGAUUGAAGUGCGCCAUGAAGGCAAUGAAGUUUAUAUGGGGUGGAUGGCUGAAUUUGAUUUAGAUCGCAACUUUGCUGUUGUCAAUGUCCAUGCGUUCCUUGAAAAUGUUCAGGUUGGAUCUUUCCAACCUGCACUAGAAAUUCUGCCCCAUGGUGAGCUAUUAAUAGUUAUAGGGCGUGGUGUCUCUGGUGAAAUAAUGACCAAGAAUGUGGAAUUUAAUGGUGAUUCAAGGGUAUCCGAGGAUGAUGAAGAUCUUGAUUGUAAAAUCUCAGAGGCUUGGGACGGUGGGCCACUUCUUUCUGUUGAUGGGAAGGUUGUUGGCAUGAACCUUUUUCUGACUACUAGAAAAGCCGUUUUCUUACCAUGGGGCACAAUUCUCAAGCAUCUGGAGCAUUACUGGACAUCUCAGCAAAAGAAGACUGAUCUUGCACGGUCAAAAACUUCGAAGGUUUACAGGUUUGCAGUAAGACCCACAUGUGUGAAAUCUAACAGCCAUCCAGAAGUACAUGGAGAUUUACUCAACCAGGAGCAGUUAGAUCUAGACUCCAUGGGUUACCCUAAGUUACCAUCCUCCAUGUUAGGAGCUGGCAUGAUUUUAGUUGAUACUUUUGAAGAGACUUUUGGCGACAUACAUGGUGAAGGUGUCUGGAGAAAAUUUAGUAAAAGUGCUUCUAACAUAAAUCGCAAUGUUGUCGCACUGGCUUCAUUUAAUGGAGAAAAGAGGUAUUUUGCAUGCACGGGUUUUUUUAUUGAAUGGAAUGGAUCUACGGUAAUUUUGACAUCAGCAAGCUUGGUUAGAAAUUCUGGUGAUGAGAACAAGAUUGUUGAAAACUUGAGGAUUGAAGUGUUGCUUAACAACCAAUAUAGAGAAGGGACAUUACUACAUUAUAGUCUACAUUACAACGUUGCUCUAGUCAGUGUGAAGGAUUACCCUGCUCUUCGUCCAUCAAAUACUCUGCUUCGUUGGAAAAAGGAUUUUAAAGUAGUAGCUGUAGGGCGUUGCUUCAAAUCAGGCAUGUUAAUGGCUACUAGCGGGGAUAUGGUUUCCUGGACAUGCACACUCGAUCGCGAUUUCCUCGUAACUUCCACGUGUAAAAUCACUAAGGCUGGGAUUGGAGGCCCUCUUGUUAGUCUUGAUGGGGAUGUUAUUGGCAUGAACUUCUAUGAUAAGAGAAUAGGGACCCCUUUCCUGUUAUUGGUGGACAUUUACAAAAUUCUAGCAUCGUUUGAGACAAAAAGGUGGCCUGUGCCCAUGCCUCGCUGGCGCAAUCCUAACUAUGUGGAUGAGGAUAAAUCUGAUGAUGAUGAUGAGGUCUUUGAUCACAAAUCUGGCCGCGCGCCGCCUAUGGACGGCUAUGUUGAUGGCACCUCUCCUACACCUCCUCGGCUGCUUCCACCUGAUGACAAGGGGGAACGAGCGGUCAAUCCUGAAUAUGCGACUUGGUACCGGCAGGACCAGAUCGUUCUUAGCUACCUACUUGCAUCUCUCACCGACGACGUGCUCAUGCAGGUCAUCAGCUUUGACACUUCUCGUGCUAUCUGGGCACAUCUUGAGGAGAUGUAUUCUGCUCAUUGCCGCGCUAGUGUUGUCCAGAUCAAACUUGAUAUGGCAAAUUUCCGCAAGGGCAAUCUCUCUAUGGUGGAUUACUUCGCUAAGAUUCGCUCCUUCGCUGAUCAACUCGCGGCGGUCGGUCGCCCCAUGCGGGACGACGACAUCAUCACCGCCGUCAUCACCAGGCUCGAGAGCGACUAUGAGCCUCUCAUCACCGCUGUCACAACUCGGAUUGAUGAGAUGACUCUUGGGGAGCUCUACUCGCACGCACUCUCCUUUGAGCAUCGUCGCGAGUACCAUGCUGCGCGCCUUCAUCUCCAAGCUGGCGGCUCCUCUGUCAACUACAUCACCUGCGACAAGCCCGACAACACCAACAACACUCGCGGCGGCAAGGGCAACUACCGUGGCAAGGGCCGCGGUAAUCAAGGCGAUCGCGGUGACUACAACAACAACAACCGCAUGGGCAACCGCGGUGACUGCGGCGGCAAUCGCCAGCAGGGGACUACGGCGGCAACCGCGGCGGUGGUGACCACGGUGACUACGGGGGUGAUGGCGGGGCUUGCUGCUGCGUCACCUCCUUCCAUCCUUGGUGAUCCUGCGUGGUUCACGGACAUGGGGGCCACCGACCAUAUCACUUCUGAUCUGGAUCGGCUCACCGUACUCCUCUGGCGUAGAAAAUCCCUCCCGCAGCAGCUCCGGGAUCCCAUGCAGAUUCUGGCGUGGAUCCUGGCAGAACUUGAUGCUCUUCACCAAAAUGGUACAUGGACGCUUGUUCCUCCACCACGGCGUGUCAACAUUAUUUACUGUAAGUGGGUCUACAAGAUCAAGCACAAGGCUGAUGGUUCUGUUGAACGUCUCAAGGCUCAUCUUGUUGCCAAGGGGUUCAAGCAAAGAACACCACCACGAUCACGGCUCGCAGCGCAGCCACCUCGGCUCGUGCAUGGGAACUCGGAGCCCGCAACGCAGACCGCGCCCACGAGACCGAACCCGACGGUCCAGCACGCGGCGCUCGGCACGUCGCGUGCAUGGCCGCCGGAGACGCGCGCGCGCGACGCGUCUAGGCGGCGGCCUGCUCCUCCGCUCCCGGAGCAGCCCGGGCCGUUCCCACGUGUUGCCGCGCCGGCGUCGCCUUCUAGACCCGUCCGAGCUUCCGUAGCACCUUUCGCGUGCCGGGCGUCACCACCUGUCUCCACGUAA